UUCGAUGUCAAGUGGCAGUCCCUGAAGGACCUGGUCAAAGAGAAAGUUGGUGAGGUAACAUACGUGGAGCUCUUAAUGGACGCUGAAGGAAAGUCAAGGGUAAGUGUUUGAGAGUUUCUUUGUGGAUUUUCUACCUGAAAUGUUUCUGUGUGCUGGACAGGAGGCCAGGGAGGCUCAGAGUGUGGAUGUGCAGUGGCUCUAGGUCAGGAGUGCCGUGGGAUGGGAGGAGGUGGGGUGGGCUCUGCAGGCAGGAGCUGUUCCCCGCGUGCCGUUGGCGUUGGCCGUGUGACCCUGGAGCCCAGCAGGCAGGACGGGGCUCUGCAAGAUUCCUGUGCUUUGGAAAAGUCACUCGAGAGGUUGGCUGAGUUUGGAAAGGCCAGGGUGCAACAGCAGGUGCUGCAAACUCCACUCCUGGGCCAGCAGAGAGAGAGGGAAAUUGAAAUUCCUAAAUGUAAACGUUCAGUGCCUUCAUGGGCCUUGAGCCCAGGGUCAGGGAGAACAACAGGAGCACUCCUGAGUGUCCUGAAGGAUAUGGAUGUAGGGUGAGAGUGUGGAGGGUUUUGCUGUAUGCCAGGGAAGAAGAGCAGGUCACAGGAAGCGUGUGGCAUUUCUUGGAGAGUCGGGAUUUAGUGUUUGUUACCAGCUCAGAGACCCCAGGUUAAUCCUCUUAAGGCAUAAGAAGUUAUGGAAUUCCACUAUUGGAGGCUUGCCUGUGUAAGGUUACAUUUAUUUUCGCUGCUAGGGCUUAACUGAUGUGAUUUGGCUUUAAUAAUAAAAUAGUUGUGUGUGAUUUGGGCUUUCACUGACUUUAUUUCUUCUCUCUUCCCUCCUGCCUGUGACUGCCCUGGGGAAUCACCUCGCCAGGGAUGCGCGGUGGUUGAGUUCAAGAUGGAGGAGAGCAUGAAGAAGGCUGCUGAAGUUCUGAACAAGCACAGUCUUGGUGGGAGACCCCUGAAAGUGAAAGAAGACCCCGACGGGGAGCACGCCAGGAGGGCCAUGCAGAAGGUGAUGGCAGCAGGAGGGAUGGGCAUCGGGCCCGGCCCUGGCGGCCCUGGCAUGAUCAACAUCCCCCCCAGCAUCCUGAACAACCCCAACAUCCCCAACGAGAUCAUCCACGCCCUGCAGGCCGGCCGCCUCGGCAGCACCGUCUUCGUGGCCAACCUGGACUACAAGGUGGGCUGGAAGAAGCUGAAGGAGGUGUUCAGCAUGGCCGGGGUGGUGGUGCGGGCCGACAUCCUGGAGGACAAGGACGGCAAGAGCCGCGGCAUCGGCACCGUCACCUUCGAGCAGGCCAUCGAGGCCGUGCAGGCCAUCUCCAUGUUCAAUGGGCAGCUGCUCUUUGACAGACCCAUGCACGUCAAAAUGGAUGAACGAGCCUUCCCCAAGGGAGAUUUCUUCCCUCCAGAGCGACCCCAACAACUCCCUCAUGGUCUUGGUGGUAUUGGCAUGGGAUUAGGACCUGGAGGUCAACCUAUUGAUGCAAAUCAUAUAAACAAAGGCAUGGGAAUGGGCAACAUGAGACCUGGAGGAAUGGGAAUGGAAGGCAUGGGCUUUGGAAUGAAUAAAAUGGGAGGAAUGGAAGGUCCCUUUGGUGGCAUGGAGAACAUCGGGCGCUUCCCCGCCGGGAUGAACAUGGGCAGGAUGAGCGAGAUGGAUCGAGCCAUGGGAGGGGGAUUUGAGAGGGAGUUUGGAAGAAAUGAGAUGGGAAUGUCCCGGAGUUUUGGAGAGCCCCUGGAGAGGGGAAUAGGUGGUGGCAACGCCAGCAUCCCCGGCAUCGAGAGGAUGGCGCCUGGCAUCGAGCGCAUGGGCUCGGGCAUCGAGCGGCUGCCGGCCGGGAUGGGGCACGGCAUGGAGCGGGUGGGCUCGGACAUAGACAGGAUGGGGCUGGUGCUGGACCGCAUGGGCUCCAACGUGGAGCGCAUGGGCUCGGGCAUGGAGCGCAUGGCCCCGCUGGGCAUCGACCACCUGGCGCCCAACCUGGAGCGCAUGGGGCCGGGCAUGGAGCGCAUGGGGCCGGGCAUGGAGCGCAUGGGCUCCGGCAUCGGCUUCGGCAUCGAGCGCAUGGGCGCCGCCAUCGAGCGCGUGGGCGGCGCCAUGGACAGGAUGGGCUCGGGCGUGGAGCGCAUGGGGGCGGGCAUGGAUAGGAUGGGCAUCGGCCUGGAGCGCAUGGUGCCCGCCGGCAUGGGCGCGGGCAUGGGGCAGGUGAUAGAGAGGAUGCCCGCGGGGCUGGAGCGCAUCGGGGGCCCGCCCAUGGACAGGAUCGGGAUAGAGAGGAUGGGAGCCGCCCCCAUGGACAGGAUGGGCCUGGAGCGCAUCGGGGCCGCCAACAUGGAGAGGAUGGGGCCGCCCAUGGGGCAGGGCAUGGGGGCGGGCAUGGAGCGCAUGGGGCUGCCCAUGGGCGGCAACUUCGAGCGGCCCAUGGACAUGGAGCGGGGCAACUUCGCAGGGAAUUUUGCAGGGUCCCUGGGAGGAGCCGGAGGCCCUGCGCCCGGCGUGGCCCGGAAAGCCUGUCAGAUAUUUGUGAGAAAUCUGCCUUUUGAUUUUACAUGGAAAAUGCUGAAAGAUAAAUUCAAUGAAUGUGGCCACGUGCUCUAUGCUGACAUCAAGAUGGAGAACGGCAAAUCCAAGGGCUGCGGCGUGGUGCGCUUCGAGUCGCCCGAGGUGGCGGAGCGCGCGUGCCGCAUGAUGAACGGGCUGCAGCUGCGCGGCCGCGAGAUCGACGUGCGGAUCGACCGCAACGCCUAGGCACCGUGCAGGGCUGUGCUGCACCGCUGCAGGGCUGUGCUGCACCGCUGCA